GACAAAGGCUAAUGUCAUGACUUCGGAGAUGUCCGAACUCAGUAAAGUACUUGGACUCAAGUGAUUGGCUACUAAAUCGGUUUUACAACUGUACCAUUAUUAUGGUGUCUGCAGAUUUCGUCGAACGCCCGGUCAAGAAGCUCGUACUGUUCGAUGUCGAUGGGACGUUGUCGCUCCCCCGUCAGAGUGCAUCUCCAGAAAUCAUCCAGCUCUUACGCAGCCUCAGAAAGCAAGUCGCCAUAGGAUAUGUUGGCGGGUCUAAUCUCCCCAAGAUAUCUGAACAGCUCAAUGUUGGCGACUUCAAUCUUCUGGAGGAGUUCGACUUUGGAUUCUCUGAGAAUGGCCUUACUGCGUACCGACUCGGAAAGCCGCUCGAGUCGCAGUCCUUCAUCAAAACCGUAGGCGAAAAGGACUAUCAGGAGCUGGUCAAUUUCAUCUUGCAUUACAUCGCUGACAUGAACAUCCCAAUCAAACGUGGAACGUUCGUCGAGUUCCGCAAUGGCAUGAUCAACGUCAGCCCUAUCGGCCGUAAUGCAACUGUCCAGGAACGCAACGAUUUCGAGGCUUAUGAUAAGGAACACCACCUUAGGGCGGACUUUGUGAAAGUUCUCCAAGAGAGAUUCAAACGACUAAACUUAACGUUCUCUAUCGGUGGCCAGAUAUCAUUCGAUGUCUUUCCACACGGGUGGGACAAGACUUAUUGCCUUAGACAUGUUGAGAAAGAUGAUUUCGAAGAAAUUCAUUUUUUCGGGGACAAGACAUAUAAGGGUGGCAACGACUACGAGAUCUUCAGUGAUUCCCGCACUGUCGGGCACACUGUUGAGAGUCCUGCAGAUACUAUGAGAAUCUGCAAAGAGCUCUUCCUGUCAUAAAGCGCUCAUUCGAAAGUUAUAGAAACUCGAAGUCUAUGGACUCGCAUAGAAUUUGGAUAACAGACACAACCAUACCAAAUGACUCUUCGUUGGACUCAGCUAGAUGUUGCCAUUGUAUGUUACUUGUGGACCAUGACGGAAUGUGUACAUAAGCGAACAAAUAUGACCAUACGUGUUUCUAUCCCAAA